AUGCGCACCAAGAGUGACUUGAAGGCGCGUUUCGAAAUGACUGACAGCGGCAAGUGCGCAUUUGUGUUGGGUAUCGAGCUGGUGGACAACGACAAUGGUAGCGUGACGAUGUGCCAGCGACGCUACGUGGAAGAUGUUCUCAAGCGUUUUGGCAUGAGCGACUGCAAAGCCGUCACCAGCCCAACAGACAUCAGUUUUCGACUCAUACCAGGCACCGCAGUAACCAAAAUCGAUGCCCCGUUUUGUGAAGCAGUAGGCGCUUUAAUGCACUUGAUGACCGCGACACGACCGGACAUUGCCUUUGCUGUGAGUUACGUUUCGCGCUUCGUGGAAAACUCCCAAGUUGAGCAUUGGAUGGCGGUCAAGCGCAUUUUGCGAUACUUACAAGGGACUAAGUCGCACGGCAUCUGUUUAAAGUCUGAUGACAAGGUAGACUUCUGCGGCUACUUGGAUGCAGACUGGGCCGGCGACCAUGCAGACCGCAAGUCGACUUCGGGAUAUGCGUUAAUCCUGAUGGGUGCUCCGGUGAGCUGGAGAAGCAAAAAGCAGUCAAGUGUGUCGCUGUCAACAAGUGAAGCUGAGUACAUUGCACUAAGUCUGGCGAUUCAUGAAGGAAAGUGGGUGCAUCGAUUGCCGUGCGAGAUUCUGGAUGCUGCAUAG